AAAACGUAGCUGUGGCAAAGUUGACAACCGGGGGGGGCCUGGGAGAUAGGGGUGGUGUCCGUAUACCUAGAGGGAGAGAACCGCUCCUGAACCAGAUGACAACGGCAGUGGAAGGGUUACGCGUGGGCGAUGUGGUACUCGGCGGAGAUAUGAACGCUUGGAACACUUGGUGGGGCAGUCGGGAGUCGAACCGCAGGGGGAUCGAGUUAGCUGCCGCACUCGACGUGAUGGAGCUACACAUCUUGAACAGGGGUUCGAGCCAACUUUCGAUACCUACAGAGGAGGUGUUCGCUACUCAAGUAGCGUUGACGUCACUACCUGCUCAACUAGUCUGCUGGGGAAGGUGGCAAGCUGGAG